AUGGUCCUUAAUGAGACUCUCACUGCCCCAAAUGGUGAAGGAUAUAAACCACAGCGGAAAACCCUCCUUUUUAAGUCAACUGUUUCUGCAGAGCAGUGUGUUUCUGUCAGCACAAGCUCCAAUCAAAUAUUCGAACAUAGCUAUUUUUGGACAGAACGUUUGGAACAUCUGAAAAGUAACCUAGUCCAUGCUGAGAAUAAUGAUUUGAGCCAUUUGAAAGAUAGGAUUGGCCUCACUUUUCAAUCAGAUAUUUCUGAUCAUCAGAGAUUUAGAAAUGAAGAACAAAGUGCUCCAUGGGAUCUAUACGAGAAGAGCUUCACUGAGGAGUCGACCCUCCAGAAUGACCAGAGGGUUUCCAUUGAAGACAGAAUAGCUCAGUGCACUGAAUCUGAGAAAACGUUGAACCAGGGCUCCAGUGUUCAGAAAUGUGUCAGGGCUAGGUUUGCAGAGAAUAAUUAUGAAUGUGAUAAAUGUGGGGAAGGCUUUCAACCAGGCUCUAAGCUCAGUGUACAUAAUGGUCACCGUUUGGGAGACAGUCCUCAUAAAUAUAAUGAAUGUGGGAAAGCUCAUAACCAGUCCUCCAGUGUUGGUGAUCAUCAGAGAAUUCAUGAGGGAAAAAACUUAUUCAGAUCUAAUAAAGCAGGGACCAUGUUUAGCCAGUCAUCAAGCCUAAAUAUAAAUAAGAUAAUUCCUAGGGGAAAGGGAGCUUACACUUUGAAGGAAUGUGGUAAAUCCUUAGACUGCCACUCACCACUAUCUCAACAUCUGCGAAUGCAUACUGGAGAAAAAAUACACAAAUGUGAAGAAGGUGGUAAAACCUUUAAGGACUGUCCGUCAAUAAAUGGACAUAGACAAACCUAUACUGGAGAGGAAUGUUACCAAUGUCAAGAAUGUGGCAAGACCUUUAACUGCACUUCACAGCUUAUUCAACAACACAAAAUUCAUACUGGAGAGAAACCUUACCAAUGUGAAGAAUGUGGGAAGAGCUUUAUACAGAGCUCAGCCGUUAUUUGACAUCACAGAAUUCAUACUAGAGAGAAGCCUUACCAAUGUCAAGAAUGUGGCAAGGCCUUUAACUGGAGGUCAAGCCUUACUGACCAUCACAGAAUUCAUAGUGGACAGAAACCUUACUGAUGUAAAGAAUGUGGCAAGGCCUUUAACGACAGCUCAACCCUUGUUGAACAUCACAGAAUUCAUACUGGAGAGAAACCUUACCAAUGUCAAGAAUGUGGCAAGGCCUUUUACCAGAGCUCACAUCUUAAGGAACAUCACAGGAUUCAUACUGGAGAGAAACAUUACCAAUGUCAAGAAUGUGGUAAGGGUUUUAACAACAGCUCAGACCUUAGUCAACAUUACAGAAUUCAUACUGGAGAGAAACCUUACCAAUGUCAUGAAUGUGGCAAGGCCUUUAACCACAACUCAAGCCUUACGCAACAUCGCAGAAUUCAUACUGGAGAGAAACCCUACCAAAGUCAAGAAUAUGGCAAGGCCUUUUCCUGGAACUCAUGUUUUAGUGAACAUCACAGAAUUCAUACUGGAGAGAAACCUUACCAAUGUAUAAAAUGUGGGAAGGCCUUUAAGUGGUCUUCACUCUUUAAUCAACAUCGCAGAAUUCAUACUGGAGUGAAACCUUACCAAAGUCAAGAAUGUGGCCCUCAGAACUUCCUUGACAUCACAGAAUUCAUGCUGGAGAGAAACUGUACAAAUACUAAAAAUGUGGCAAGGCCUUUACAGGCACUCAAUCCUCAUUGAACAUCAGAAAAUUCAUACUAGAUAGGUAGCUUACCAGUGUACAGAAUGUGAGAAAGGGGGCACCUGGGUGGCUCAGUUGGAUAGGUGGCUGCCUUAGACCCUGUUCCUGAUCCCAGGUUCGAGCACCGCAGAAAGUCUGCUUCUCCCUUUCCCUCUGCCUGCCCCUCCUCCCUCCUUGUGCUCUCUCUCCAUCUCUGUCAAAUAAAUAAAUACAAUCUUUAAAAAAGAAAAAAA